AUGCCUGGGAUUCCUGACAGGUUGCCCAAGCAACUUGUGGCAAAACGAGUAGAGGAAGAAUUGGAGAAAAGGAAGGAUGAAAUUGAGCGAGAAGUUCUCCGAAGGGUGGAAGAAGCUAAGCGCAUCAUGGAAAAGCAGUUGCUCGAAGAACUCGAGAGACAGAGACAAGCUGAGCUUGCAGCACAAAAAGCUAGAGAGGAGGAAGAGCAUGCAAAACGUGAGGAAUUAGAACGAAUACUGGAAGAGAAUAAUCGGAAAAUUGCAGACGCACAAGCCAAACUGGCUGAAGAACAAUUGAGAAUUGUUGAAGAACAAAGAAAGAUUCAUGAGGAAAGGAUGAAACUAGAACAAGUGAGACAACGUCAGCAAAAAGAAGAGCAAAAAAUUAUCCUGGGCAAGGGGAAGUCCAGGCCAAAACUGUCCUUCUCAAUAAAAACCACCCAGGAUUAAAUUGAAAACUCUGAACUUUUUACAAAGAGAA